GAAUCGGUGACGUCAGUGCUUGCGGAAGCACAGAGUGGAAUGUUGAUACAUUGUUGUUGUUUUGUAGUUAAUUUAGUUCAGAGAAACAUUUCGCUUCGGUUGCAGGACGCGAGACAAGGCUCGACCUGUUGAUUCCAGGACACUUCUCAGAGAUUUUGCGCAUCCCCGACAGAGAUUCCGCGUUCACAAGGGCCUUGUGCUGUAACGUGGAUUCAUUUUUUUCCCCCUGGCUUCAGAAUCUAUGAUAAGAAGACCAGUGUUCAGAUGGACUAUCAAAUGUUCAGCAUCAAAGGUCCUGCAAUUUAUGUCCAGGAAACUAUGAAAACCCGGCUCUGGCCUUGGGACAUUAGGGCUUUUCCUCUCUGUGAGGGCUGAGCAGGAAAGAGGGGCCCCCUGUCAGUUCACCCCAGUUCUCAGCACAAAUGGAAAGGGGGACCAUGUGCUGAAGGAAUUUCAAGGAAGUGUGUGUGUGUGUGUGAGAAAGACCUGAAAGGCUGGAGGCCCCAUGAAUAGAGAGGGAAGCGUUUUUUUUUUUUUUUUAAAUGUGAUUCCAUGGUCCUCGUUGGAAAGCAAGGCAGGGCCCCCCCUGUCACAGCCAUUUUAAAAUCAACCAUGCUGAGCCAACUUGCUGUCUAGGAAAGCUCUUCUUGUCAGAGCUGACCUUAGGUUGUUUGUCGCACAUUUUUAGAUGUUUACGGGAACAGUGUGGAUUUGAUAUUCAAUUAUGAUUCAAUUUAUUUGAAAAUUGAAUUAUUUAAUUUAUUUGAAUUAAUUUUAAAAUAUUUUAUUUAAUUUAUUACUUUAAUUUAUUAUCUUCUUUGUAUAUUUUAUAUAUUUUAAAUAUAACGUAAUAUUGCAUAGUUUUCUUGUUGCCAGUUUGAUCGAAGCAAAAUGAGUUGAGGGGCCCUUAAUGUAGCCCCCCACAUCAAGGGCCAGAUGGUAUGAAUCAAGCCUUAAGUGAUUUUUUUUUUUUUUUUUUUUCAUGGUGGUAUUUGGUUUCAACUCAGUUCAUACCCAAUCUAUACUCUUUUGUCCCGUCAUAACUGAAACAUUUAAACCAGCAACUGAUGCACGUCCGGCAUGGUUUACUAAGACCAAAUCAAAGGAAUGACUCAGAAUUUAACAAACAUGCCAAAGGCAGUGAAUCUGCUCACUGGUCAAACAAUACUUAAUGUAACUAUUACUAAAAAAAAUUCUCCCAAAGCCAAAAUGAUCACUUAAAAUGGUUGAGGUAUGCAGAGGGUUGAAGGCCAGAUGACUGGACCGGAGAAAUAAAAAUGUGAAAGUUGGAACAUGGGCUAUCUGUGCUCCAAAGAAAUGCAUUUUGAAUGGAAUGCACGUCUCAUCCUGGAAUAAUAGAGCAACAGCCCAAAGGAAUAAUCAUUCAAAGUGUUGCAGGAGAAAGUGUAGCUUUAGGAUUCUACUUCUUAAUGAUUUGCUUAUAAUAUUUCCACUCAGAAUUGUGUCACUGGCAACUGGAGUUUUGUGUCAGCAUGCUGUGCUAAAUAUAACAAGCACAGUUAAAUAAGGACAUGAAACGGGCAAGGAAAGCCUAGUGUAACAGGAUCCAGUCUUUCAGCCACAGUUCUAAACCUGAUGAAGUACAUUGUCUAAAAGCACAAAUAUAACAGUGACUGUAUAAGGGAAACUAUUCCCAUGUGACUGACAGCCUCCUGGAAUGUUCCAUUUACUGAACAGCAAAGGACUGACUUGACUUAAUUAAAACUCAACAUUACAUUAAAAAAAGUUUCCAUGCGUGGUCUAUACCACUUUUUAUAUCAUAAUUAUUCGAUGGAAAGACAGACAGACGGAUAGAUAAUUAGAUCAAAGCAUCAGAGUCUACAUUUUAACGCUUUAGUAACAUUUUCUUUUAAUUCAUACGUAUUAUUUUGGUUUAUUUAUAUCCUCCAUUGUUUAAAAGAGGUCUACUUGAGUUUUUGCUAGUUUUUUUUAAAUUUUUUUAGUGGUCCUCCUGUGCGUCGAGCUUAUGAAUGAAGCUUGUUUACCAUUUUUCUGGUCACGUGACAUACACUCCCACACCCAUUUACCGGGUGUCUCCAUGGCAGCAGUCUUGUACAGAGUUCACGCAUUCUGACGCUCCUGAAAUGGAACCCGAGGAGCGCGUGUCUCACGCGGGUUGUUUUCUAAUUUGGCUGUGGCGGCGGUCUCGAGGCCGCGAGCUCGAACGCGCAGAGUGGCCUUUUUUUAAAAAUAGCGCAGUGGCCAAAAUAGUCUUGCAUGAACUGCUAAGCAGAGAGAUCAGACAAAGCCUCAUGCUGAGAGCUGACCUGCUUCUAUUAUUGCACUCUUGCAACGGUCUAGUGAGCUACAUCGUGAGAACGCGAGAUCAGCAAGUUAAACAGGGUAACCCUUGUCUGAAUGAUAUUGUACAGACUUCUACUGACCUCUGCUGCUCGCUCUAGAUUUUUGAGGAGUUCUGAUUAGCUGCUUGUAUGCAGGGCAUGACGACUCAUUUUAAAGCGGGCAAAGCUUUAAAGGUAAAGAAGGAGGCGGGUGAGAAUGCCCCGGCGCUCAGUGACGACGAGCUGGUGGCCAUGUCGGUGCGGGAGCUCAACCAGCACCUGCGCGGGUUGACCAAGGAAGACGUGGUCCGGCUGAAGCAGCGGCGACGCACGCUAAAGAACCGCGGCUAUGCUGCCAGCUGCCGCAUCAAACGCGUCACACAGAAGGAGGAGCUCGAACGGCAAAAAACAGAGCUGCAACAAGAAGUGGACAAGCUGGCUCGUGAAAACGCCAGUAUGCGACUGGAGCUGGACGCGCUUCGUGCUAAGUACGAGGCCCUGCAGUGCUUUGCCCGGACUGUCACCCGUGGGCCUACCGGUAAGGUGGCCACCACCAGUGUCAUCACAAUUGUCAAGUCUGCCAAUCACAGCCCCAGCUCCGCCCCCUUCUCGGCACCCUCGUAGUGCUGAUUGACAGUGCCUGCCCAGCUUCUUCUGUUCCAAUCCGGCUCUGAACCUAGACUGGCCCGCGGGCCACCGCUCGACCCACACUGAGAGGAUGCUCAGUGGUCAGACUGAGGGGAGGGUGGAGGCCUUAAUCUGCGUGACUACAACAGGCUGCAUCUAUUUUCAUUUCUCUCUCAAAACACACAUACAUACAAAAACACAUCUAUUUUGUCUGUGCACUGUGCUAUAAACUCCGGCACCGGCAGGGCACACUGACCGUUCUUUCCACUUCAACACAGGCUGAGAUUUAGCAGAGAUGAGCACUUGUUAUUAAAGUGUGAGAUAGUACUUGAUUUAACCUGCCAUGGCAGCACUGAUGCCUGUGGCAUACUGCAUAUGCAUCAGAAACUAAUAUAAGUAUAUUAGAUAUAUCUAUUUUUUUUUCUUUUAAGAAAUUAAUACUUUUAUUCAGCAAGAAUGCAUUCAACUGAUGAAAAGUAACAGUAAAGUCAUCCGUAAUGUUACAAAAUAUUUCUGUUUCAAAUAAAUGCUGUUCUUUUGAACUUUAUAUUCUGGAUCCUGAAAAAAAAUUUAUCACAAUUUCCACAAAAAAUAUUAAGCAGCACAACUUUUCCAGCAUUGAUGAUAAUAAUAAGAAAUAAUUUCUUAAGCAUCAAAUCAGCAUAUCAGAAUGAUUUCUGAAGGAUCAUGUGACACUGAAGACUGGAGUAAUGAUGCUGAAAAUUCAGCUUUGACAUCACAGGAAUAAAUUACAUUUUAAAAUGUAUUCAAAUAGAAAACAUUGUAAGAACAUUUCACAACAUUACAGUUUUUACUGUAUUUUUCAUCAAAUAAAUGCAUUCUUGAUGAACGUAAGAGAUGUCUUUCAAGACCAUUAAAAAAACACAUUUAAAUGAGAGAGAUAUAUAUAUAUAUAUAUAUAUAUAUAAUUUUUUUUUUUUUUUUUUUGAGAAAUCUCAUAAUACAUCACUAUAAAAUGAUAUCAGUCAUUGUGAAAGACCAGCACUUGUGAUCCUGGUCAAAAAUCAGGUGUGAUCAGCACAGUCCAAAGUUGAGAAUGAUGUUAUCAACACCAAGGGCAAAUUCUUAUCCUGAAGCGUUACAUUAUUACUGAUAAACAGAGAAAAUUAUCCAAUUGGAAAUGAGCCAAUCCUUUCUUAGUCAGCAGUUUAAACAUACAAAUCCCAAAUGGGGAAAACGGCACUUAUUUUUACUGUUAAAUUACAGUCUAAUACAAUGAAGCACAAAGCAAAGCAGACUGACAUAUGUAAAUAUUCAAGACUGAAAUUACAGAUUAACUGAGUUUCUAGAAAAGGGCACUUCAUGUUUUUUUUUUAUUAUUUUUUUUUUAUUAUAUUUGUUUUAUGAGAGGUUAGUUAGUAUAAUGUUGACUAUCCGGCACAUCUGUGUUGUCAGUUAUCUCAAAGAUAUACACCGUUUUUCCUGACCUGUCUCUAUACGACACCAUUAAAUGGUAGGUAAUCCAUAUUGGAUAUAGUGAUAACAGGAGCUGUCUUGCAAACAAAAAAGUUUAACAAUAACCUGUAUAUUACAGAACUGAGUUAACAGCCUUAAGCUUAACAAAUAAAGUGAAACUGAAUCUCCCAACUUUGUAUAUAAAAUUCCGUCCCUCAGAAAGCAUUCCUACUGCUAAGUCACGAAAGGUGCCACUGCCGGUGUUGGUAACCCUGAUAAAAUGUAUAUAAAAUGCAAAUAUUUGAUAUAUUUCGACACAGACUCUUGGGUAAGGAGAAUCCUGGUGUCCUUAAACCAGUUCAAAAGACAUUAGGGCUGUUUCGACUUGAAGCAGCGCUUCAAGACCGAUCGAUCGGCGAUUCAAAAGCAAACAGAGCCGCGGUACUUUGAUGUCAUACACCGAGCGGUCUGUGCAGCGCUGCUUCAAGUCGAACAAGCCUAAUAACUUCGCAUUCAUAUUCAGUAAAACUGACCUGUCAUAAAAUUAAGAUGGCUGAAAUCAGGAUUGUCUCUUACCUGAGUGGCUAUGACUGUUCUUGUGAGCCCUUCCACCACUGCAGGAAGCAUUAGGUGUGUGUUGUGCUGCUGGGAAGCAAUAGCUCCAGCUCUCUGGGCUACUGUUGUGCUCUUAGCAUUUUUAUAUCUCCACAAGUGUUUUAUAUGUCUCUUUAUUCCCAAACAUGAUCUAAAUCUGAUGUUUCCCAUUGUCUCAUAUGUAUCCAGGACAUGAAAUACCUUUAGACUGGUGUGAUUUGUUGCAAUUGUCUUACAUUUCAGUGGUUUAUUUAACUGAUUUCAGUUCAGACGUCCAACAUUUGUCUUGCCAAAAGCCAAGCGUUUGCCUUAAACUCCUGCUCUCAGUUUAUGUACAUAAUGUCAGUGCAUAAACUCAACACACUAUUAGUUUUUAUGGUGAAUUGAUGCUAUAUAUUUAUUUUAAUAGUGCAGAUUUUAGGAGCAUGUAAUUUCAGUAUUCAUCAAUUAUUUGGCUUUGUUUUUGGUGAUUUGAAAAGUUAAACCUACGGUCAGCAUUUCAAUCUAUGUCAAGACCUGUUUCUGAAAGUGUCCUGUGCAGUUCUUUUAAAUGUGACCACAGCUCUGGUUGGUAGAUCCUCUUUUUUUGGACAUUUGGGUUUUUUUUAAAUUGCUGUCUCUACUUUCCCUUUAGGCCACAAAUCCGUUUAGUGGGUGGAAAAAAGCCCAGAAAUUUCCCAUUUGUUAUCUUGUGGCCAACUGAUUUUCCAUCUAAGAUACCUAAUGCAUUACAUAAUAUUAGAAUUUAUCAGAAUUCAGUUCCCUUGAUAGGAAGUGCUACAUGUCACUUCUUCUUCUUUAUUGAAUUAGACUAUACAGUGACAUGCUUUUUUUUUUUUUUUUUUUUUUUUUUUUUGUAAAGAGAACUUGACAAAACAGCUUUUUCUGUGCUUUACACUGACAUCUGGUGGUGAUCUGUAUUUCUUUGUUUCAAAAUGCUGUGAUCGAAUGCUGAUGACACCAAGAUCUUCUCUUUCAUUUCUUGGACUAUUGAGGCAUUGCUGUUUCGCUUUGUAUUCAUUUCAGCUGCCACCAAAGCCAUAACUCAUCUGUGUGUUUCUUUAAAAUACACUUCAUUUUUUCUUUGAAUUUAUAUUGUGAUUUGAACAAAACUACACCCUCCAGGAACCAGAUCGUAAUGCCCUAAUUCAGACUAAUAAGAAAAGAACAUGCUGUCACAAAACUAACCUGUAAUUUUACAGGGAUGCCAGUGUUUUUUGGCCAGUUAGUUGUAUUUGUGUAGAUUUAAUUAGAUUAAAAACAAAAUCAGAGGCAUUACAGGUCAUCUUGUGACCGAGGCCUGUAGACAUUUCCCUAUUCUGCAGCAGUUCAGUGCAGUAAACGUUCCUCCUAACACGGUUAGAUGGUGAAGAUGGUCUUUAAACUAAGUGGGUACUUUUUUUAAUUAUUAUUCUAUGUAUGCUGUAUGUGGCCUUUUGGGCUGAAUAGGAUAAAUUAUUCUAUAUUUUACAUAUGAAUAUAUAUCUAUUUUUCAAAGUAUAUAAUAUGUGCUCAGUCAGUCCUUAAAAGCUAUUUACCAUGAACGCACAUAGGAAUUUUAACCAGUGCUUUUUAAACACACACUUGCCUAUAAGAAUCUUAGAGAAACUCCAUGACAUAUAAAGUAUGCUGCUCCAAAUUAUUACUUUAUAUUUGUCAAUGUUAAGAUGAAACUGUAAGGUAUUAGGGGAAGUAGUCAUGUUAUUUGUAGUUACAAUAGUGCCUUUAACAUUGAGCUUGUCAUCAUUUAAGUACUGUAUGAAUGGGUGUGGUUGUUUUGUAAAAUCUUAUUUCCAUGUGCAACCACGUUGAACAGAUUUGCCUGUUUGAUCGGUCUUGUGGGCGUAAUUAUUGUGCUAUAUAUAAAAUAGCGAUUGUAAAUACGGACACCAUGAAAGGCAGCAAAAACUAGGCUUAGAUUAAUCAUAUUCAUGAUUCUCAUCAUUAAUCUGCUUGUAUCACAUUGAUCUUUGAUAUUUAUUUUGUUUGUUUUUUUAUUUUCAUCAUCUAAAUUAUUUUAUUUACAUUCAAUUGUUUUCUUUUCAAUGAACUACCCUCAUGUACAAAUGAAAUCAUUCAGUUUUUUUUUUUUUUCCUCCAUUCUGGCUAAAUUUGAGGUGGUAAAUUAUUCCUGUACAAAGUCUGCAGUGUUUGUUUUGUACUUUUAAAUAAAGCUUUUCUCAUGUAA